AUGGCCUCUGUCAACGGCCGUCUCCUUGCCCCCGGUACCCACGACUCGGUAUUAGAACUCAUCGGCCAGACACCCCUGGUCCGCCUGCAAAAAAUCCCUCAAUCACUAGGGAUAGAAGCAACAGUAUAUGCAAAAUGCGAGUUCUUCAACGCCGGCGGAAGCGUCAAGGAUAGAAUCGCCCUCCGAAUGAUCGAAGAAGCAGAGAAGUCCGGUCGCAUAAAACCCGGCGAUACAUUGAUCGAGCCUACGAGCGGGAAUACUGGCAUAGGCUUGGCUCUGGUCGCCGCUGUGAAAGGCUACAAAACCAUCAUCACUUUGCCCGAGAAGAUGUCAGCGGAGAAAGUGGCAGUCCUGAAAGCCUUGAACGCUACCAUCAUCCGCACGCCAACUCAAGCCGCAUACGAUAGCCCUGAAUCGCAUAUUGGUGUUGCAAGGAGGUUAGAAAAGGAACUUCCAAACGCUCACAUCCUUGACCAGUAUGGGAACCCGGACAAUCCGCUGGCCCAUGAACUGGGAACGGCGGAAGAGAUCUGGGAGCAAACCAGCGGAAGUAUCACGGCGAUCGUUGCAGGAGCCGGGACGGGAGGAACAAUUACCGGGCUUGCGAGAGGUUUACACAAGCACAAGAAGGACGUCAAGGUCAUUGCAGCCGAUCCUCAAGGCUCGAUUCUCGCCUUGCCUUCCCAGCUGAACGAGGAACACGCCAACGAGCCGUACAAAGUCGAAGGGAUUGGGUACGACUUCAUCCCUGACGUAUUGGACCAGAAAGCCGUGGACAAGUGGUACAAGACGGACGAUAGAGAGUCCUUCCACUAUGCCCGCCGCCUCAUCGCGGAGGAAGGGCUUUUGGUCGGAGGAAGCAGUGGUUCCGCAAUAGCUGCCGCGGUCAAAGCAGCACGAGACUUAAAACUGGGCAAAGACGACGUUAUCGUGGUUAUACUUCCGGAUAGUAUCCGCUCCUAUCUGUCCAAAUUCGUCGACGACGACUGGCUUGCAGCCAACAACCUCCUCCCGCCCACACCACCUCCUGAACCAGCCUCUCCGCAGCAAGAAAGUAUUAAGCACAACGACCCCUUCGGCGGCGCGACAGUGCAUUCGUUACGUCUCAAGCCUGUGCAGACUGUCACCGCCGACUCUCCCUGCUCAGCCGCCAUCGAAGUGAUGCGCGAGAAGGGCUUCGAUCAACUGCCCGUUCUGGCACCUACGGGUCGUCGUCUCGUCGGUCUGGUCACGCUAGGCAACCUUCUAUCACGGAUCAGUCAUGGACGGGCAAGCCCAAAGUCCCCGGUGUCGGAUGUCAUGUUCGAUUUCAGCAAGAUCCCUGAAGUGACUGUCGACCCUCGUGAUAUCAGCGACAUUGUAGCCCAGUCCGAAUCCCUCUUCUCCAGCGAAUUGACGGAGAAAGAGAACAGCGACGAGGCCAAAUCUCGCCCCCAACGCCGUCCCAAGAGGAGGGAAUUUGUCGAGAUCACGGUGGACACACCUUUGAGCGCAUUGAACAAGUUCCUCCAAUGGCAAAGUGCAGCUAUUGUCACGGAACGGGAUUCCAGUGAUAGUCCAGGCAAUGCCAAAGGGCCAGCAUUGAAACCACUCGCCGUUGUUACAAAGGUCGACCUGCUAACAUGGAUGUUGAGUCAACAAAAGGUGCAAUGA